UAUAUAUACCCCAUUCAACCUUCUUUUCCAAAGAACUCAGUUUCUUCAUUUUUCUCUCUAUUUUUGGCAGAAUUUAUUCACUCUCAAAUAAUCAAACCUCAACUCCAUAUUUAAUUUCUUUUGUUCCAGUCGUUUAUUUUCUUUCUAUUACUUUGAAAGUUAGCUGCUUCAGAACUCAGUUUCUUCAUUUUUCUCUCUAAUUUAGCAAAAAUGAUGUUUGAAAACAGUGAAUUUAUCACUAAUUUUGAACUUCUUGAAUCGAUUAAGCAACAUUUACUUGAAGACUGGAGCUCUCCCGAAAAUUCCACUUCUCUUUAUUCCACUGAGACCCAAAUAUUUCCUAAUUUAUUUUCUGAUAAUUGGGAAAAUAUUCCAAUUAAUGAAAAUGACACGGAGAACAGGUAUAUUUACAGUAAUGCCAUUACUUCUGCUGUCAAAAUCGAGCCUGAAUUUCCUAAUUUCUUAGAAAAUGACACAGAAAACAUGUAUAUUUACGACAAUGCCAUUAACGAGCCGACACAAUCUGCCGUCAAAACCGAACCUGAAGUUAGCGUUAGUUCACCGGAAAUGUAUAAUUUCAAGGCACCUGCGGCUGUGCCACCGCCGGCGAAAAAAUCAGAGCGUUACAGGGGAGUAAGGCAGAGGCCGUGGGGAAAAUUUGCGGCAGAAAUUAGGGAUCCGGCGAAGAACGGAGCUAGGGUUUGGCUAGGGACUUACGAGACGGCGGAGGAUGCGGCGUUGGCGUACGAUAAGGCGGCGUAUCGGAUUCGGGGAUCACGUGCGUUGUUGAAUUUUCCGUUGAGGGUUAAUUCGGGUGAGCCGGAACCGGUUCGGGUUGGUUCGAAGAGGUCGUCACUUUCGCCGGAGAGUUCUUCCUCGUCGUCGUCGGAAAAUGUUUCGACGAAGAGGACGAAGAAGGUAGCUCAACUGUAUAAUUGAGGGUUAAUUUGGGAAUUCAAAAUUGUACAAUUUUAUGGAAUAGGUUGAGUUCACUUUUUAUUACUGUAUUUUAUUUCCUCUCCUCGUAGAAAUUUGUUCUUCUCGGUAGGAUUGAGGAAUUUGUUCGGCUUGA